AGAGAGAGAGAGAGAGAGAGAGAGAGAUAGAGACCCUCCUCUCUGCAGGUCCAGCCGAUGAGAGAAGAUGAAAAGCCAAAUCGCCGACGCCUUCACCGACUUCUUCUACGAGUAUGAGACCCCGCGCCAGGUGCUGGUGAGGAAUGGGAAGGUGGGAGUGGUGUGCCGACUGAUCCAGCUGUUGGUCUUGGCUUACAUCAUCGGGUGGGUGUUCAUCUACGAGAGAGGCUACCAGUCCACAGACAUAGCAGUGAGCUCCGUCUUCACGAAAAUGAAAGGAGUGGGCUACACCGCCGGCAUCAACAGAAGUGAAGGAGUCUGGGAUGUGGCCGAGUCCGUCUUCCCACCGCAGGGAGACGCAUCUUUUGUGGUGAUGACAAAUUACAUCAUAACUGAAGGUCAGAAGAUAGGAAAGUGUCCAGAGCUCCAAGGAAAGCACAGCUGCAGCUCAAACUCGGACUGUAAAGGAGGGACUUUCAAACGUAUGGGAGAUGGGCAAAUGACGGGAGUGUGCGUGAACGCCACUAUGACCUGCGAGGUGUUGGCUUGGUGCCCCCUUGAGGACGAUCACGACAUACCAGAUCCUGCUCUGUUGAUGUCCGCAGAGAACUACACACUGUUCAUCAAAAAUUCUGUAACUUUCCCCAUAUUUGAUGUCUCAAGGAGUAACCUGGUAGAGGGUAUCGAUAAUAAUUACAUCAGGAAAUGCCUCUAUGAGCCAAACGAUGCUCCACUGUGCCCCAUAUUCAGACUGGGAGACAUAGUUAAACUGUCUGGCUUCAACUUCGAAACAAUAGCCCGACUGGGAGGGGCCAUUGGUAUUGUGGUCGACUGGACAUGUAACCUGGACUUUGAUGUAAAACACUGUAAACCAAAGUACUCCUUCCACGGUUUGUACGGAAACGCUGAUGAGACCGACAAAGCCAAAGCUUCAGUGGGCUACAAUUUUAGGUAUGCAAAGCAUUUUUUGGAGGACAAGAUUCAGAAGAGAACCCUUCACAAAGUGUUUGGCAUCAGGCUGGACGUCAUCGUGCACUCACUGGCCAGAAAGUUUGACAUCAUCCCAACACUGACCGCGAUAGGCUCUGGUGUGGGCAUCUUUGGAGUGGCAACCGUGGUGUGUGACCUGGUGCUGCUCUAUUUGGUACCGAAAAGAGAAUUUUACCACAACAUGAAAUUCAAACAGACGGACACAUUUGUACCGGAACCAGAGUCGGAGGCAUGUAGCACAGAAACGGAGUUACCCAACCAGUGACCUGGGAGAAGACUUGAGGUAGUACUUUGGAGUACUGACGUGGGAAGCUACAAGACACACACAUACACACUAAAUGGACUCUGCAUUGGACAUAGAAGACAUUCUCCGUGUCCUCUCUUUCUCUCGUAGCUCUGUUUGCUUUUGUUUCACACUUUGGGUGUAACCUCUACCUCCACCAUUAUACCUGCAGGUUAAAAUAACACGUUGCUGCAUUUGUGUGUACAGGAUUAAUAUCCACAUCUCAUCCAUUGCCUCCAUCUCUGUCUGUUGUCACUGUCGGAGUGACUCAUCCCCUGCGUGCACCUUGUGAUCUGCAGUUCAAUAAAAGAUGCACAGUAACAGUUGUUUUUUUUGGUCCCCAGUAGUCAAACAGGAAUACAGGCAACAUGUCGAGAGAAUUCAGAUGUUCUUUUUUUUUAUUCUUUGAUUAUGUCUAGGUGUACAAAAAGCAUGCCAAAAAUAGCUUCUUUAUAUAUAUUGGUACAUAUUUACAUUGUAACAACUGCAUUCAAUAGGGACGUGCCAAUGCUUCUGUACGAGCGACGCGAGGACAUUCAGAGAAAUGCACGAGACGGCAGGCACCUCUCACACUCUCACUCACUCACACACACACACACACACACACUCACACUCACACUCACACACACACACACACACACACACACACACACGACGCACAGCAGCGAUCAGAUCGUCGCGUACAAACUCCUUUGGAUAGAAUGAUGAUCUGACAUGAGACAUUAUUCCAUUCACUCACUUCCUGCGGUGUGACUACACUCAUUGGUUUGUUUUGUUCUUUGUGUCACUACACUAAGGAAACUAAGCGAGAAAAAGUCAAUAAUGCACAAUUUUAUAUUUAUAUUUCAUUUGUAUCUGGACUCAGAUCUGUAUCUAAAUGGUUGUGCUGUUUUUUUCGAGAGAAUCAAGUAUGUGACGUGUCGGGGAUUCCUCCACAAAAAGAACUUUGCAACAUUGAAAGAACGUCAGACAGGUGACCUUUAAGUUGUGACUAGUUCAGUGUAUCAAUACCACCUUUGGGAAAAAUUCAAUACAAUUUGGCAUGCGCAAUCAGAGUUGAUACAGUUCAGAUGUCAUUCAAAUGUAGUCACAGCUAAUAAAAAGAGCUGACGAGUAUGUUUACAAAACUGACAAAAUGACUGAAAAAUGAAAGUGUCUAGCUGGAAAUGGGCGUGGCCUAUGUAGAUUGGUCGACACCGUUUGGAGCUUUCUAAAUGGCCACGUGCUAAUGUUAUUUUCCCAUCAAAUGUAAUAGAAAUCAGUUUAAAAGCUUUGGAUGAAUGUUUAACACGAAGAAAACGUCUCAUCACUGCAGCCGUAGCAGCAUUGUGUCACAGGUGGGAGAAAGUUACAGCAAAAUAAAAACAGUUUAUAAAAAAAAUCUCAAAAAACAAAAGUAGCAAUGCUGCCACAUGCAGAAUGAUUAUCAAAAGCACAGGAGACUGAGAACAGACGGAUACACAGUAAAUAU